GCAUCAGACCCGCAGGGCGAUGUCACCUGUCCGCGCUGUCACCUCCUGCUGCAGCAGAAACACCUGGACCAACAUCUGAGCUCCAUCCUCGCCGUCAGCUCUCAGUAAGGGCCUCACAAGCUUCCUCCUGCUGCUAACCUUAGCAGUAGCCGCUCUCACCUGAUGCUAGCUACCGGGACUCGGUGGUCGGAGGGCUAGCUGUGUAAACAACACGGACCAGCUGAGUUCACUUCAGGAGCAUCAUGGCGACACAACCGUCCAUCCUGAGGGAGUUCUGCCCGCUCUAUUACCUGCUGAACGCCAUCCCAGCAAAGGUGCAGCGAGGGUUCAGGUCCGUCCUUGUCUACCUAACAGCUCUGGACAGCAGCACUGACUUCCUGGCGGUGGGCAGCAGCAUCGGGAUGCUCUACCUGUACUGUCGCCGCCUUGCACACAUGAACAAGUACAGCCUGGAGGGCAAGUGUGAUGCGAUCACAGCGGUGAAGCUGCUCAGCUGCUUCGAUGAUCUGGUCGCCGUGGGAACAGCUUCAGGUCGGGUCGCCGUCUUCCAACUGGUCUCUCCACUUCCUGGUCGCAACAAACAGUUGAGGCGCUUUGAUGUGGUCGGCCUCCAUAAGGGCUCUGUCACGUCUUUGGCGUGGAGCACCAACGGAAUGAAGCUUUUCUCCGGAGAUGAUAAAGGACGAGUGGUGUUCUCUGCUCUGGACCUGGACCAGGGAGUGUGUAAACCUGUGCUGCUGCUGGAGGAGUCCUCAGGUGUGGUUCAGAUGGAGUACAGACACCAGGUGCUGCUGGUCUCAACGCAGCAGAGAUCUCUGCUUUACUGCACACAGACGCAGGAGGUUCUGCAAAUGGGAACCAAGCCCCGCAAGAGCAGCGGCAGGUUCGGCGCUUGCUUCCUGCCUGCUCUCUGUAAACAGAGUGAUCUUCAGGUGUUUGCUGCUCGACCUGGACUCAGACUGUGGAGGUCUGACAUCAGAGGACAGGUGGAGGACACCCGACUGCUCAAACCGCUGUUCAGCACACAGAUACCUCAGUUUGAGCUGUUUCCUCGUCCGGCACCAAUCGGAGCAUACCGUCCAGCAGAGCGACAGCUCGGCCUGCUCAGCUGUUUCCUCAGAGAGGGCUGGAUCCUCAGCUGGAACGAGUACAGCAUCUACGUCCUCGACUUUCUCAACGAGGUGAUCAUCGGAGCGUUGGAGAGCAGUGGAGAUAUUGUAUCGGUAUCGUGUUGUGAUAACGAGAUCUUCAUCCUGAAAGGAGACAGAGACAUCGUUCGUCUGUCCAACAGUCCAGAGGGACUGGCGUCCAACUUGUCUGAGCUCUCAGUCCGUCUGACCUCGCCUUUGACCACGCCCACCAUCCUCCAGCCAACCGGAUCAGUGGAAACGGCUCAGCCAAUCAGAACCAUGGCCAUCAUCGUAGAGGGAGGAGGAAGGGAGGAGGGGGGAGGAGGAGGAGGGAGACUGUGUGAGGAAGGAGACGAGAAGGAGGAGGAGGAGGGAGGAGUGGAGGAGGUGGAGGAGGCCGAGGAGCAGGAGGAGCAGCUGGAGGGGAUGGAGGUCUGUCAGCGAUCCAGUUUGGUCACCAGCAGCUCUCGCAGCCGCAGCAGCUCCAUCACUUCCUGGGACAGUCUCCACGGUAACGCCGCAGUGAGCACGUCCUCUGAGCUGAGCUCCAGACGCUAUAGCGCCCCCCUGGGUCAGGAGGAGAUGCAGCAGGAGCUGGUGGUGAAGGCCAUCAGAGUGAAGAAGAAGAAGAGGAGGCAGCAGGACAGCAGCAGUGGAAACCGUCUCUCAGAGAGCAGCUGUUCAGACUCCAUGUUUGUAGUCCAGGAUGGCAGCUGUAGUGAUGGAGGAAGUGGAACUCCUCUGAGCGACCGAGCUUCCCUCAUCGGUCUGGACCUUCAGGACCAGGACUCCCAGGAAGCAGGAGGUGGAGGCUCAAACAAAGCUGUGAAGGAUAGAGAGGAGUCUUCCUCCAACCAGGCUGGCUCCAUCCUCCCUCCAGGCUCCCUGCUCCUCCAGGGCCUGGAGAACCAGCUGAACCCAGGAAAGGCCUCCGGUCCAGGUUCAGCUGCAGACGUCGUCCCUCCAACUCCAGAUGUGGACCUGCUGCUGGAGUGCACCUUCUCCUACAUGCACAACUCUGAGGAGGACGAUGGGCUGGAGCAGCAGCCAAUGGAGGAACAGGAAGACGAGUUUCUUAGCCCUCUGAUUGGACCAGAGGAGGAUGAGGAGGAGGAGGAGGAUGACGACCUGGCUCCCCCUGCUGGUCUUGCGGACCAGAUGUUCUACUCCACUAUGUCCACUCUGGACCGGAAGCCCAGUGUGUCCAGUGAUGAAGAAGAAGAUAUCUACUGUCCCACUCUGCCCUCUGGUGGCAACACCGGGGACGUCCGCAGCUGUCCAUCCAAUCAGACAGAGAAGACAACCGACAGUCAGACAAACCAGGACAGCCAGGACAGAGACAGACACAAACCCGACCAGUUGGCAGAAAGCUGGAUGGGAUACUCGGGACCUGGAUGUGGGAUACUGAGCCUGCAGGUGACUGACAGGUAUGUAUGGUGUCUGGAUUUUAAAGGAGGACUGUUCUGCAGCACUCUGCCGGAAACUGGACUCAACUGGCAGCGCUUUGAAGAUAAUGUCCACCAGGUGGCAUUAUCACCUUUAGGUAACCUUUUGUGGAAGGUGGAGCAGAAGACCAUGACGGCGUUUGCUUGUGCUAAAGUUUCGGUUAAAGGUAAACGCCACUGGUAUAAAGCUGUCGAGCAAACGGCCUUCGUGGCUCUGAGUGAAGACUCUGCCUGGAUCAUCAGAACCAACGGAGACCUCUACCUGCAGACAGGUCUGAGCAUGGAUCGUCCCUGCGCUCGUUCAGUGAAGGUAGAGUCUCCCUGCGUGUUCAGCCAGGUGUGCGUCAGGGCAGGUGUGGUUUGGGCUCUGAGCGAACACAAGGCUCUGUUCUACCGGGAGGGACUGGACAGCUACUGCAGCGAGGGAGAGGGCUGGAAGUACGACACCGUCAGUGAGGCUCAGGGUCUGGAGCUGAUGUGUGUUGCCCUGGGAGACGGUGGGACGGCCUGGGCACUGGACGCCAGCGGCAGCCUCUGGUUCCGAACCGGCAUCUGUUCAUCCAAACCGCAGGGCGACGACGAUCACUGGUGGCAGAUCAGUAUUUCGGACUACGUGGUCUUCGAUCAGGGCAGUCUGUUCCAGACGCUGCUGCAGGCCACGCACAGCGUUGCCACAGUAACCAGGGCGCCGGUGGAACGGGUGGUGGCCUUCUUGUCACAGUACUCGCAGUGCCAGCCGAGUCUGGUCAGCGCCAACACCAGCGGAGUCUGGGUCGCCUCAGGACGGAACCAGCUGCACCUGGCCCGCGGCAGCCUCGUGGGAACUUUCUGGCAGAACGUUGUUCCACGAGGAACUGUCUCAGCCACCAGGUGGACCUUCAUCACAUCUUCAGCUGUGCCUCACAAAGAAGGUACGUUCCUGUGGUUGGCUCAGAGCAGGAAGGAUCUCUUCUGUGUUUGGGAUCAGGAUGGAGAGCUCCGCCCCUCCUCUGUCCUUCUACCACCUGAGGUGGAGCUGACUCACCUGUCUGCCUGUCGUGAUGCUCUGUGGGGUUUGGACACUCAUGGCCGGGUCAGCAUUCGGACACUGUCCCCGUCGUGUCCCACUGGUCUGCACUGGACCCUCCUGGACCUCAGCCAGCUCGGAGGUGUUCGUCUGGUCAGUGUGAGCUGCGGCAGUCAGAACGUCUGGGCCGUGGACAGCCGGGGAGUUGUUUACUUCAGAGUCGGAACCCAACCACUGAACCCGAGCAUGAUGCUGCCGGCAUGGAUCCACAUAGAACCCCCUGUACAGCCAAUAGGAGUGCAGCUGGUCAGUAUUCAGACGAGUCCUAAUGACCGUCUCCUCUGGGCGUUGGACAACAGAGGAAGUGUCUUCGUUAGAACUGGACUCAGUGACGAGAUGCCUGUUGGGACGGACUGGGAACUGGUACCAGGUCUGGCGGUCAGUCAGCUGGUUCUCAGCUGUCGGACUGUGUGGGUUCGUUGUGUGAACGGAGAUCUGGCUCGACGCUACGGCGUCUCUGAAAGAAACCCUGCAGGAGAUUACUGGAAGAAGAUUCCUGGAAGCGCCAACUGGUUCACUGUGACUCCUGAGGACGAGUUGUGGGCGGUGACUCCGAUUGGUGGAUUGUCCCGGCGACUGACAAAGCUCCUCCCACAUACUCCCAGUAGACCCGCCCCCUCAGGCCCCGCCCUUGGAGGGGAGGAUGUUGAUGACGAGUGGGAGCUCAUCUGACACUCUGUGUCACCUGUUUGGUGUUGGUCGGCCUGGUCUGGACUCACCUGGCAGAAUGCUGUGAUGUCACGGUGACAACACUUCCUGUUUACAAACUUCCCUCUGGGCAGACAGGAAGUGGGCAGGUGACAUCACUUCCUGUGAUGACUGCCACACAGGGAGGCCAGGUGGCUGCUGGGAAAUGAACAUUGUUUUAUUUUUGUUUUAACAGGAAGCACUUUAAUCUCUAAAGGGAGGAGGACUACGUUUUCUGACUAGUUCUGUUUUUUUUUUUGUUGUUGUAUUUUUUUUUUUUACUGGUUCUGUUUUUUGGCUUUUUCUGUUGCCUAUAGGUUAGUUUCAAGUUCAGUUUAAACUGGUUUGAAAUCAGAUCUUCUAAUUCAUUUCAUUGUGGUCAUACUGGUCCUUACUGCAUCUAACUGACUCUAACUUGUUCUUAUUGGGUCUGACUGCUCGCCACUGGUCCUGUCUGAUUCUAAGUGGUUCUAACUGGUUUCUGUAGGUUUUAAAUCUGCUAACACUUAUUCCAGUUAAUUUCAAAUUGGUAAUUGGUUCAGUUUAGUGAGGUCUUACUGGUCCUGACUGCAUUCUAGUUUAUUUCAGUCCGAUCCGGUCUGGUUCAGUCUGGUGCUGUAUGAGGAUUUUAAAGGGACUUUUCAUAAUUAAGUGCAGCCUGAUUAUGUCUGUUUGAAACUGGUUCAAACUGAGUUUAAGGACUUCUGUAGUUGGAUUCAAGUUAGAACAAUAUGUAUAAGUCUGAACUUGUUCUCAGUGGGUCCAGUUUAGUUCAGUUUGGUUCUGUAAGAGGACUUUAAAGGGACAUUUCACAGCAUAGGAGCAUUAACACGAAAGGUCAGUGGGGAUCUAAGUAUUUAUAACAACUUCUCUUUCAGCACGUUUCCAGUUACUGAUUGUGUAUCACAGUUAGCUUUAAGCAAAUGGGGGCAUUAAACUAAGUCCGUCUGUCAUACUAGUUUCUUCUUCUGUGAUGUUUUAUGAAAUAUUGCCCUCCUGGUUUGUUUAAAGAGAAACUAAAACAUGAAAAGUUUUUAGUUCUUAGUGCCGACCAGGUUCCCCUGUCAGGUUGUCACUGGGACCAAACUGGUAUGAAGCGGAUUGGAUUAGACUGAACCAUUACACUCAGACCGACAAGGAGUUGACUGUCAUGUCUUCUGUCUGAUUGAUGUUGCUGGUUUCCCUCUCUUAGAAAAUGCUACCUGUCUGUCUCUUGGUUACCACGGUAAGAGACAAAAACCCCGCCCACUGGGACUGCGGCAUGGAAAGAUGUGAAAAAUAACAUUUAAUAAACAUUUGUUUAAGAAACAAGAAAACCACAAAGAUCCUCCUGAAACAAGAUUUAAAACAAAACCUGGACACUGUUGGACCCUGAUGGAAUCUUAUGGACUGGUCGAUCCUGAUGGACCCUGUUGGAACCUGAUGGACCCUGAUGUGCCCUGAUGGGCCCUGUUGGAAUAUGAUGGACCCUGAUGGGCCCUGUUGGAACCUGAUGGACCCUGAUGAACUCUGGACCUGCAGUAAGGUCUGGGUCUACACUGGGUUUAUCCCUAACGGACUAAAACAGUAACAAAAACACAGAGUGGCCCUUUAACACCUACUUGUCUCCGGUAGCGUUGCCAUGAAAAACUGAGCAGGUGUGACUCCGUAGUGAUGUCAUCCUGCUGUUAGCUGAUUGGUUGGAUAUUCUGCCAAUUAGAUCCAGUGUAAACUCACCUCUUGUGUUUCAUUCAUUAACUUAAUAAACCUGUUUAAACACUGAG